GAAGUGGAGCGAUUAUAGUAUUUGGAUUUUGAUUUUUGAACGAAUCAAAAUGGAUGCUGGGUGUGAAUGAACUAUGUACUGAAAAACGAACAGCUUUUUAUCAACUUGUGUCGUAGGCUUGAUCGUAGUUAGGGUCUAACCGUUGUGAUUUGUUUCAGUAUAUUUUAAUCGGUGUCAAGUUUAUAAAAGUGGUACAAGAUAUCGGUCGAAGUAGUGGUCAAAAUUAGUAGACACCGUGUCGGUAAUGUGUUUACGAGAGUGUCGCGCGAGCUUCCCGCAGGUGUCCCUAUUAGGAUGAGGACUUCGACGGAAAUAUUGAAUGUCGCUUCCAAUACGCGAGUGGUCCGCGACAGGUCGCCGCUGCUCAAUGCAACAUGGCAACAAUAUACGGACUAAAAUGUCGUCAGCUCACAGCAUAAGCGAGUAGAAAUGAAAUGCAUAUACAGGAAGGAACAAACACAACUCUGACAACAUGUACCAAAAUGACAGAAGAAGUAGACAGAAGACAUGGUGUGAACGGUACUAGUAGUAGCAAGGCUGUGAACGAGGACCCUCCUGGACAUGGUGCAGUCUCGUCGACGUCGGGUGGCAGGCUCAAGUUUUUUAAAGAUGGCAAGUUUAUAUUGGAACUGGUACGAGGGAGCGCGCGUGAGGGCGAGCGGGUGGGCUGGGUGUCGGUGCCGCGCAAGACGUUCUGGCCGCCCGCCGCCGCCCCGCCCACACCGCCGCAGCCGCCCACCGCUCUCUCGCUCUCCGACGAUAACUCCAGCCUGCACUCCUCGCCCUGCACCUCGCACCGCGACCACUGCUGGAAGCAGCCCACCCCGCGCCGUCACGCCUCAAAGGAGCUAGCCCUGUACUACUGCCGGCCGGCGUACCUGCACAACGACCAUAUCCGGGCCGGCGCCCGGGCGAAGCGCCGGCGCCCCUACGACCCCGGCGGCCCCGACCUUCUCCCCCCCAGCGGCGCUCGGAGGCUCACUAACGGCGUUAGCGAUCGCAGCCGAAACGGUGACGUCGCCGGCUCCGAGGACGUCGUCGACGCGCCGAUCGACGGCAAGGUCAAGAUCGAGGACGAGCGCCGGACGGACUGCGAUAGCGCGAAGCACUACCACAUGAAACUCAAGAAACCAUAUCAGUAUCAUAAGCUAAGGGUCUACAAGAAGACGAGGCCGCAGAUCCGGCGCAAGGAGCUCGUCCGCACGAUAGACCGCCUGCGCGAGCGGCUGGCGGCGCUGCCCGCCCCCCCGGUCAACGCCAAGCUGGCCAGCUGCCGGCAGGAGCACGCCAUCGUGUCGCCGCGGAAGCGCAUCCUGCGGGAGAUGGAGCGCGUCAGCCUCGCCGCCGACCCGGAGCAGGCGACCAAGCGGCGCGCCAAGACCGUACCGGCGCUCAGCACCGCCUCCUACCCGCCCUCGCCCGGCCCCAGCCACGCGCCGAAGCCGCCCGCCGAGCCCGCGCGCGCCUCGAACGGGACCGCGCGCAAGGAGCCCGCCCCCUCCCGCAACGUGAGCAGCUACAGCAUCCACUCGCUGCUCAGCAUGCCCGACGAGAGCCCCGCGCGGCCGUCGCCGGAGGCCAAGCGCUCGCCGCACUCGUAUCCGGCGUCGCUGAAGACGGAGUCGCCGUCGAGCGUCAACUCGCCCGACUUGAGCCCGAGCCCGGACGGGUUCCGCUACCGGUACUCUGCGCUGACUCUGGGCUCGCCGGGGCGCGGCGCGGCGCGGGACUCGCCGACGCCGCCGCACUCGGGCGGGUUCCGGGCGUACGCGCCGCCGUCGCCGGGCGCGGGUUUCGCGCGCUGGGCGCCGCCCGUGCCGUACGCCGCGCCGCCCGCGCACUACGUGCUGGGCUACCCGUACGCGCCCGUGUACCGCGCGCCCGCGCCGCUGUGGCUGCAGUACGCGCCGCCGCCCUGGCCCCACCCCCUCAUCGCCGAUCACAUGCCCAAGGAGGAGCCCGCCUCGGAUCUCCCGCUCAAUCUGUCGAAGCACUGAGAUGCGGACUACAGGCACGAGUCUCGGAGGCCGGCGGGGCGGCGCUCGGCGCGCGGCGACACCGGACAGUGAAACUGCGACAGCAGUGAUCGACGUUAAAAGUUGACCCUCACGAGACCCCCGUCACCCCGGCGCCGCAGACGCGUUCGCCUGCUCUACCACGUGGUGCGCGAUAUACAGGAGACAGAAGUGAACGUUAAGCGCGAAAACAGUCAUUUGUACGUCAUGGACCUUUUUGAUCAGCGUGUGCAUAGUGACCCCGAAUAAAUAACUUUACCGAAUCAAAAUGUCGGGAGGUUAUUUUAAGGUGCGAUAUUUUUAUGUGGUCGGGUCGACGCGGCAUGGCGUGGCGUCAGCGGGCCGGCGCGGGCGUGACGUCACGAUUGUCCUAUAAACAUUCCAUUGCGUUGAACGAUUGGCGUCCGUUGGAGUCCAAAAUUCACAUCCCACCUAGUUUGAGGUUACGCUACCGGCGCACGGCGGCGGACUUGCGGCGCGCGAGCGUAGCGAGAGACGAAUCGCUAUAUUUUUAUAUAUACGAGUUUUCCUAUUGAAUCUAUCUCGUGGAAGUCUAUUUACAGAGAUAUGUAUAGAACUGAAACUAUAUUUUAGUAUAAACGAUGUUACACAUAUUUAGAGUAUGUGCGAGUAUUUUCAUAUGAGAUAUUUGAGCGCGAAAUAAUAUUUUAAUAUUGGCUAUUAUUUUAGUGUAAGGGUAAGGUCUAAACGAAAAAUACAAAUCGAUUGUUGACAUUCAGUGCCUUUUAUCUAAAUGAAACUAUUUACGAAAGACAAAUCUGAACAUAAUUUUUCUGGAUUUAUAAAAUUUUAUAAAUAAUUAGGUGCAUCUUUGCUACGGAUGUUUUAUUUUGUAUACUACGGUAUCGGGUACAAAACCUUUCCAUAGUCUGCCAACCCCUCAGGAAUGACUUCGUUCGAUCUCAUUAUUUAAUAUAGAAAACAAUUGCAAUGAGGUAAAGACUACAGUGUCGGGAUCAACUCUGGGCGUGUGCGGUGUACAGUGAGACGUUGUAUAUAAUGUGGACGGGCGUCGGGGCCGCGCUCGCGGCGGCGGUAUAUUACCUACAAAUAAUAUUAUGAUUGUACAGUAUUUUUGUAUCGAGUAUUUUAUAUAUGGCGAGUGGAGUGCGAGGCGCGAGAUGGCCGUCUCCGGAGCCCGCGGAGGCGCUGGCUUUGAGAUUAUAUAUAGAGGUAGUUUUGCAAUGUUAGUAUCGUAGACGGCGACCGAGCGGAGGUGCGGGUCGCAGCGCUGUCCGCCGACAAACUCGACUUAGCGUUAACGUAGCUGUAACAGAACCUGCUCAAUUAAAGCGAGUCUCCGACUACACUUAGGGAUCCAGAUGUAAUGUUGUGGCGAUUCGGAAAUUUAGUGGGACUAAGUGAAGCGCUUGUAGUAUUGUAACUGUAUAAUGCAUAUUUAUUUCGCUUGGUGCGGCGCAUUCGACCGCACGGCUCGAAUGGGUCGCAACGACUGUGCGCACCGGGCGAGUUCCCUCGCGAGGUACAAUAGUCAGGGACACAUAAUAUUAUUUUGUAGCCGAGUACUAGGAUUUGACUAGGAUGUACGGGAUCAUAAGGCGAUUCGCCCGAUGCGCUUUUCAAUUUAUAUUUUAUAAAUUUAUUUUAUAUUUAAGUUAAUCGAAGGUGAGUUUUCAUUCGAUAAGUAUAUUAAUCUCUGUAAAUAAAAGUAUAAUCGUUUUAGUUGCCUGAUCUUUUUAUAAAAAUGUUCAUUUAGCUAAAUACUCAGUAAAUGUAAAUGAAAACAAACUCUCCGAUGCUUUUGUUCGAAGAGGUAAAUUCAGACGUACUAAUAUUUUCUGGGUUUCCCUUUUUGCGAUAAAGCCACACAUUCGAGUGCCAUCAAGCAGUGCAGGUGUAGCGGUGAGCCCCGCGCGGGCCUAAUUUCCACUUCCCACAACAUUGUCCUCCGCUGUUGGAUUAUUACCCUCACACUAAUAAGAAUAUUUACAUAGAGACAAUCUGUGUACACACAUUGCUGUCUUCUUCUUUCGAGUGACGUAAUCAUACAAAGAUGGGAAUUGUGCAGCAUUGUCCGCCGUGUAAAUGUUUUAAUUAGAAAUGGGGUAAUUAUUUUUCUAUGUACACAUUUAACUUUAAAUGUGAUAGUGCUUCGGUUAUAGCGGGACACUACGCCGGUGUCUCGAGAUCCACUUAAAACGUAUUUAUCGCGCGGAAUAAUAGUUAUUAUUCAUUUAUUUUAAGGUGUAGUUAUGUACUCGAAUAAAUAUAACUUUUUAAUAA